AUGUAUAAUUCUUCCUCCUUGAAACGGUUUAUUGAAGGCUUUGAUGCUUAUCAGGAACUCAUGCAGGCCCCUGUAGACGGUAUAAAUAUGGCUGCGAUAAGUGAUGGCGCUUUGGACGAGAUACCUCUUGAGGUCAAAGACAGUCCUGAGUUCAGGAUCCUCAUGGCUUACGCCAGCCGUUCCCUCCCCGCCAGCAAAUUACGGCGUCUGCAGAGCCGGCCGGACGGGUCAGAGGAGGAUUCGGACGCCAAACAGAUCCCAGGUACCGAGGAUCUGGUGGCCAGAAACAAGGAGGACCGCAAGGGCCACGAAACCUCGAAGGUCUCAAAGAAGAAAAGCAAGAAAAAGUGGCUACGUCGAAUGGCAAGAGGAAUGAGGGCACGUUAUGCAGGAGAGGGGGAUACAAACUUUGAGAACGUCGUCGCCGGAAAACUGCGGAGGAUUGUUAAGUCACAGCUGCGGAAGACGAAGAGCGAGAAGAAAACUGUAUGGAUUCGUAACUGUCAAUGUCCAUCCCGGAUUUUUGAACACAGUGGAGCUAGAGAUGAAAAUGACGAGUUAAUUAAACAACUUGUGAAGCUGCUGAGGGAGGAAGGGGACAAAGCGGAUGAGAAGAACGUCUGGCUAACUUCUACGUUACAGAAACCGUCUCGGAUUCCGAGCGAAAGCCGCAGGUGA